AUGCGAAUGCACUGCUCUGGAACACCUAACGAAGCACCGUUGAAUGAGCAGCAAAUGCAUGAUAUUCUACGUCAAGAUUUUCAUCCUAGCAAAGUGCCCUCUAAUUUGGAUAUCAUCGUAAUCGGUAGUGGACUAUGUGGAUUAACAACUGCGAAGAUUUUGGCGGCUGCAGGACGGAAGGUGUUGGUGUUGGAGCAACACGAUCGCGCCGGUGGUUCAUGUCAUACGUUCGAGUUGGACAGAUUCGAAUUUGACGUCGGUGUGUUCAUUCGACUUUGCAUUUUCCAACAUCCAUCUUCUCCAGAUCAUUACAAAAAUAUCCCGAACAUAUUCAUGCAUGCUUAA